CGUUUUGCGAUCGUAAAUCGUAAACUUCUCGAAGUUGAGAGAGAAAGAGUGAGAGAGAGAAACAGAGAAAACGGGAGCCAGAAAAAGAAGAGUCCUUGAUUCUAUCCUAAUUCUUGUGAUGAAUAGUUUAAGCGUUCAUCAAGAACAAAAAAUUCGAGUGAGACGGAUGAUAUUCGAGUUUGAUUGGCGUACGUCGUAGCACGUAUGAAACGCAUUGACGAAUCUCUUUUUUUCCAGUAUACAAACACGUAUAUAAAAAUUUUUAAAUAAUACAUAUUACGAAAUCGUGGUUCCCGCAAGACAUCGUCAAACGUUAAAGUGCUAUUUUUCCAUUUUUCGUCAGCUAUUUGUCCGUCUGGAUUCUAUUGCUUUUUUUUUUUUGAGGAAAUUGGAACAAUGCUCGAAGAAUCUUCUCGAGGCCAUCGCGAAUCUCUCGCUCUGGCGUUUGUCGAAGGCGACUCUUCGCAUACGUGCCUUCUAAAUACCAAGAAAACGUUCGAUCGGUUGAAAAAUUUCUCAUUAUUUUGAACGAGAAAGAAAGACACGUACCCUGUGCAAAGUUCUUUUGACUAAUGCUUCGAAUUACUCAAUCGUGCCUGUCCUAAAAUGGACUCAGAAGGGAACAUCUCCUCCCCAGACAUGGCAUUAGCCGAAAACAGGAAAGAGUAUGUCCUCCAGUGGACUGGACAUGCCGCUCAUGUCACCGAAAGAUUUAGUGGAUUAUUGGCCCGCCAAGCUCUCGUAGAUGUUACUCUCAUAUGUCAAGGACAGAAGCUCAGAGUUCAUAAGCUUGUACUAGCUUCGUCGAGUCUCUACUUCGAGGAAAUGUUAGAACAGGAUUUAGGCCAGGAGCCUACUAUACUCCUUCGCGACUUGGACUUUGAAGUCCUCAAAGCGAUGGUUGAAUUUAUGUACUGUGGAGAAACUACCAUUUCUCAAUGCCAUUUACAAACUCUCUUGGAUGCCGCUCAAGUUUUUAAGGUCAAGGAAUUGGAAUGCAUAGUAGAAACGAUGAUGAAAUCAAAAACAAUGGGCGAUAAAAAUUCAUCAGAAUUCGACGGUUCUUCUCCAUCUGUAAACACAAUAGACGUAAAAAACAAUCGCAAAGCGCGCCCGAGCGGCGAACGUUACGACGAAAAAUGUCCAGCAUCGGAUAUCGGGGAAAGCGAAAUUUUCGAAAACAAAGGCGAUCGGGUUCUCGACAUUAGUUCACGAACUUCUUACAUCGAUGACGAGAAUUCUUUGUAUGAAAUCCCGAAUGAAAUCGACGAGCCAAUGAGUUGUCAAAAUGAAGAAGAACCCUUGGAUCGAGUUUCCCUCGAUACUUUGGACAGUGAAUCGUCAAUGCUGUGCACGACCGAGAAUGACAGCAAAGAAAAAGUAACGGUAAAUGAAAAAAUGUCGAGCUACACCGAGGAAAAUCCUCUCAAAUCAUGCUACGAUGAAACGCGUUGUGAUUUGAUAAAAGUGAACCAAUUAAAAGAAAAUACUUUUCAAGAGCAGCCAUCGAAAAAUCGCACAAAAAAUCACGAUCUUCCUCGUGGAGUUGGCGAAUGUUCGAGAGUCUAUACUCACAAAAAACGUAAAUACAUCGACAACGAAGAGUCGAACGAAGAAACGAUAGAAUCGUCUGGAGAAAUUUUUAGUCCAGACGAAAAUGUGAUAAAAGAAUUGCCUAGACCCCAUGAAAAGGAUAAAAAUUCGGGUAGAAGUUUGAAAGUCUAUACGCACAAACGUCGUAAAUCCGUGGACGAGAGAAAGUGUCAAAUUUUCGACACUGUUUGCGAUUCGACAGAAGAGCCAAUAACGAGCACAUCGAGUAUUGAUUUGAACGACGAUACUUCGUUGAAUAAUGCGCCGAUUAAUUUGUCGAACGGUCUUGAUAUGGAAACUUCCGAAUACAUUUGGAGUCUCAGUACAGAAAGUAUACAAUACGUGGUUGGUUGUACGAUCAAUUCGAUGAAUUCUCGGAUGGCUGAUAGCGAAACAAAAAACAAAGUAUGUGAGGAUACGAUUGAGAAAAAUCGUCACGACGCCAGACCUUGCAAUCAGAAAAAAACACAACAAAUAAAAGAAUUGUUCUCGUGCGAAAAUGGCAACGGAGAAAUUUCGGAAACACCCGUCUUACGUAGGAGCGUACGAAUAAAUCAGUUGGAAAGCGAUGACUCGUUGAAUAAUAAUAAUGGAACAAUAAGUGUACCAAAAGUUCGUGAAAAAUCUUCGGACAUUGUACGAAACGAUUACGGAAGUAGCGUGACAAUGCCAUUGACCAAGUCGUCAAAACGUCGUUGCAACAAAGAUCAAAGAUUUCGUAUAACGGAUGAAAAUGUCGUUGAGUCUCCCGGUCCAUUGUUUAAAAAAACCACUAGCUCACGUUCUCUCCGAAGUGGAGGACAAUUAUCCUCGAAAAAAUCGAAAAUUUCGCGGAACGAACAAACGAGAAACACUCGGCAGAACCGUGAUAAAUCAGAGAAAUCAGAUUCUUCGGAUAUUUUAGUUAACACGAGACUAAACACGAUAGCUAGCGUGGAUCGUGCUCUCUGGGGCGAUAUGUCAGACUUCUUGGAGAAUCGAGAUGAUUCGAGCGACGAAUUGUUGAAUUAUUCGACCAGUCGAGAAAUUCCCUUCGCCGUUGGUCUUUUGCCACUCAGAGCUGCCUUGGAGAGAAUGCAAGCCACGGUGGAUCAUCAGCCUCGAAAAACGAGAUCUUCCGUUGCUCCUUGGAGACAAGAAACAGUGAGUUUAAGGAAAAAAUUCGUUCCCGACUUCGACAACUCGAACUUAGUUAAAAAACAACAUAAUUCAGAAAACGAGAAUAUCGAAACUGCCAUUUGCCAUAUAGAAAUCAGAACAUCCUCGAGUCCGGAUAAAACACAAAACUCACAAAUGUCCACCGACGAUAGAAUCAUCACCGUUGGUUCUCAUCUCGAAAGUAACAAACAAUGACAGAUGUAUAUUUCUCGUUUUCGUUUUAGAGUAUAAAUAAAUAAAUAUUUAUUUUACCAUACGGGGUAACGAAGAUAGGGCGCAUUCCGAGUUAAAUUCACGUGCUCAAGGCUGUUUUACACCCUCGAGUUGCGAUUCUUGUAUAGAUUGCUCCAAAUUUUCGUUGCUUUUGAUUUUUCACGAAUAAUUGCAAAAUGAACCAUCUUUCUAGUAUUCAAAAGAUUUCAUACAUUUCGAAGAUCGAUCUCUGUCAAGUGAUUUUCAAAUCACUAAAUUUCAUGAGGAUAUUCAAAAACAUUUUCAAAUAUUCAGCAGAACAUUUUGUGAACCGAAUUGUCUUUAAUUACUUCAAUAUCCCUAAAUAUGUAUAGAAAUCAGUGAUCUCACAUUCGUAUAAAAAUUAGAAAAUUGUAUUUUUUGUAUGAAACUCGUCACGAUGAGCACUACAUAAAAAUCGUUAUGUCCUUAUUCGACAAUUCAGUACGACUCGUUACACAUUUAAAAAAAAAAAAAGAAAAAUUCAAUUGAAAAUAGUGAAGCAGUGACUUUGUACAGUGUAUACAUUUAUUGCAGUAUAUUUGAGGAAAAAAGGAAGUUUGUAUUUGAUCCCAUUGGUGGAUUGCUUAUUACAAAAUGCUCUCUGCUGAAUUGUUUCGAAACAUCACAAAGUUAAGGGAACGUAAGCAAUUAACGAUUAUAGUCCACAUGGAUCGUUAUGGCGUUAUAAAAACGGUUGUUGCAACAAUCGAGAAUUAGUGAUAUUGCAAAUUGUAUUAUAAAAAAAUACAUAAAGCGUUGCCUUCUUUUGAAGUAACGCAAAGUGCCAAUUUCUAUAAGAAAAAAGAAAUAAACAUUUAUCUUGUUAACUUUUGCACAAAGAAGUUUGAAAGGUUCAAAUUGAUCAUUAUCUGAAAAAGAUAAAAAUGAAACUGAUACGUAGGAUGGCAUUGAAAAUACUUGAAAAAUCCAAGUCUACACUUGUCAUGACUGUAAAUCCCAGCGAACCACUUGUACAAAUCUAAGAUUCUGCGUUGAGGUAGAUCAAUUAUCUUGAAAAAAAAGAGGAAAUAUAUUUGAUCGUCUAUAGAAAAGGGAAAAGUUUCUUCACAAACAAUCUCUUCAGUUAUUUUUCUACAGCGUUUAUCUUGAACGAAGAUUGCUUCGAUCUUCAAAGCUCAUUGUUUAUAACUUUAAAAAUUGCAAAUGCAUCCAAUCGAUGGCUAUGCGUCAUAGUUUUAGUUGCUUAAUUCUUGAUGAAUCGGACACCUCAUCGCAGCAUGCAUUUUUCUUUCUUGUGCAUCGAACCGAGCUGAAAAAAUGCUCCACCAACCAUUCAAAUUCUUGCGGGUCAAUGAUUUCUUUGGGAGUGCUUCUAUCAGACUGGAAUUGAGAAAUUUUGAUUGUUCAGAGAGCAGUAUUGAUAAGUGGGCAUCACUCACGUUUAACAAUGAUGUUCACAUACAAUUUUGACUUUCUUUCGUGUUUGCCCUCGGUGUUGGAACUUCAUAAUAUAUAAAUACCUCGCACACAUCGUUAAACCGCCAAUCUCAAGCAGGAAUAUUCAUGUUUUGAGUUGGUCUCACAAAAAUUUAUGUACACAAAUUAUAAAUAAAUAUAUUUAUAUAAAAACAUACGCGGAUGUGGAUUGAAUGUUUCGUAGGUCGAGAAGGAACGAUGAAAUUGUAAAAUCAAAAAUGAUUUUCCGUCUCUUUAUCAUUAGUAUAUAAAAAGCAUCGAAAUAUUGUCACCACCGUGUUCGAACGCUUUGUUUUUCUAACUAUAAAUAAGAAAAGUGGUUGUAAAAGCGAAUAGACAAACGAUUGUGAAUUGCUUCCUCAUCACAGCCUUUACAAGAGCCAAGUAAUUUCGGCAUAAUUUCAACUUUACUCGAGCAUAAUCGUUUUGGAAAUGAUAAGCGAAGCCGACUAGUGUUCAAUAUUUCUGCGACAAUGUAAUAUUAAAAGAAAUGGAUAAAUCAUCAUUCACCCUUUUUCUCCGUAGCUGUUACGAAGCUGUCUUGGACCUUGAACCAAGACUUAUCGUUUCACUUGUUCGAGAGACCCAGUUAUUACAUUAACGAACAGAAAAUUGUGAUCAUUAUUGUUUAUUUGACAAUAAUUUAAUUAUUUUCUUUGACACUAAGCAAUAAUUCUUAAUGUUUAUGUAAAUACUUAUAUAACAUGUGUUUGUAUACACAAAUGGUAUCUUCAAGCGAGACAAAUACUUAAAAAAAAAGUAGAAAACGUCGAUGAUCGUCUUCUAAGUAUUUUUCCAAAUAAAAUUUAUAUGAAAAAAUA